AUGCUUCUUCCCUCCAAUCGACUCCAUCAGGUGACGGCGAUAUUGAUACUCGUCUUGGUCUUCGGCUUCGUCUUGUUUCAAACUCGCCAUUCGCUCGAUCCCGUCCUCGCUCCCGUCGAUACCGUCCUCGCUUCCGUCGAACCUCUCCGCCCCUCGCCUUCCAAGCCAGUCUCUGGCCGGCUGCCGACCGAUUAUCACCCCCUCGCCGCCGCCUCCGAGACAGGCUGGUGCCAGGCCCGAUUUGGUACCCGGUACCUUGAAGAUGCUCGUCGCUUCUCCGUCUCCUACUGCGGCGAUGGGUCUGCUUCCCGCGUGACGUGUUUCAUGUCCAGCACCGCGCCUCCGCGCGUCGACGCCAUGUGCCAUGGACGAAAUGCCGUCUUUGACGAGUCGCAGUCUCAGUUUCGCCUCGCUUGCCAUCCGAGGCCGCUCUCGCGGGCCGAGCAAGCACGAGGUGUGCCGUCCUCGCCUCGCGACUUGCCGAGUUACUGGUACGCCACGGGCCCGGGAGCCAUCGUGGAACAGGCGCUUCGGCUCGAGGACGGCCAUGCGCUGCCGGCGGAACGCUCGCAGAGGACGACGAUUCUUUUGAAGCGCGAAGGCAUAUCCAAUCCGUGGCAUUCGCUCAUGGAAAUCAUGAGCCUUUCCUGGAGUUUGGACGUGCUUCAGAUGAGCGAGGACGCCCAAACCGGGGAGCCCUUCGUCGGGCCCAAGGCCGGCGCGGAUAUGCAAGUUGUCGUCGUCGACGGCUACGACGACGGUCCCUACAUGGACAUGUGGAAGCUCUUUGCCAAGAUGCCCAUCCGUCGCAUCCAGGACCUCGACGCAUCCGAGCCGGUAUCCGAUGUCAUCAUACCAUUCGCCGGCGGCAGCAAUCCUCUGUGGCAAGGAGACUGGGACGACUUGCUCUGCCGGGACUCGUCGCUCGUCAAGACGUUCGCGUCCCGCGUCUUUGCGCAUUACAAUGCGACGACGCCGGUCAAGGAGAACAACAAGGUUGUCGUCACCUAUAUUCGACGGACGACGACGCGGAAGUUGAUGGACGAGGACGCGCACAUGCAAGCGUUGAGGGACAAGAUCCCGCACAUGGAGCUCGUCGUCCUGGACUUUGCCGCCAUGCCCUUCGCCGAGCAGGUCAAGGCGGUCCGAGAAACGGACUUGCUGAUAGGCGUCCACGGCGCCGGCCUCACCCACCUCAUGUUCCUCCAACCCGGGUCGGCCGUCAUCGAGAUCCUGCCGGAAAGGUUCCAGCACAAGGGGUUCCGCAACCUCGCGCAGAUGCUGGGCAUUGGAUACUUUCGUGCCCAUACGCAGAUGCACGGGGAUGCGCGAGGUCCCAACCAAUGGCAAUCCGACAACGUAGAAAUUGAACGGAAACGGUUCGUAGACUUGGUCAGGUUCGGCGUGGCAAGUCUGUAUAAUACUGGCACGAAAAGUUAUGACGUCGUAUGA